AUGGGUCCAAAAGCGGAGAAGAGCAAUUUGAAGCGUGGAAGGCAUAGCACAGGCGAGGAUCAAGAGAUCAAGAAGCCUCGUCGAUCGAAUCGUCUUUCUCAAUCACAAGCGCAGACGAAGCACACACCAAUUAAGAACCAAUACCUGCCCUCCCCACUGACCAACCAAGAGUCAACCGCUACCGAGCCCAAAGAUGAGGACAUCUCGCAAGCCGAUACUCGGCAGCAGAGACAAGUCACACCUGUUUCCAACUUGCCCGUAUCAUCCCCUCCGCAGGACACACAGCCUCUGUCACAGUUCAUCUACCCUCCACGAGACUUUGAGCCUGACGUUGAAGACGAGGAAGGUACUUGGGGCGUCCUAUACCCGAUCAACCCAGAACAUGGCAAUAAGCUUGUCAUGAAGAAGAGAACGUUCUGCCCUGCGCCUGUGCAACCACUAGAGAUCAGUAGAUCCUCAACGAAGAGCAAGAAACGGAGCAAGCCCAAGUCCUUGGUUGAGGACGAGCAAAAAUACGAAGAGAACAAGGCCGACAGUGGCUUCCCUGCAGGCGGCUAUCUGGUAGGGAGACAUCCUGAGUGCGAUCUGAUCGUGGACAUACCGACCAUUUCAAACAGACACUGCCUGUUCUUCAAUGAGAACCGGGCAGGUCACGCUCGAGCCGUUCUGGAGGACCUCUCGACGAACGGCACUUAUGUGAACGACCAGCUGCUGAGUCGUAACAAGCGGCGAGAACUGGAAGACGGUGACGAAAUCACCCUACUUGACGAUGCGAGAUUCGUGUUCAAAUAUCCGCGCAGCAGUCAGGCGUCGGGCUUUGGUGCUUCAUACCGCAUACUGCAACAACUCGGCAAGGGGCAUUUUGCUACAGUCUAUCUUUGCGUCGACCGGUCCAGUGGCCUUAAGUUUGCGGUCAAGAAGUUCGAGAAGCGCAUGGGAGAGUCCCAGCGCUCACAAGUCGAAGGGCUGCAGCAAGAAAUUGCCGUCUUGAAAAGUGUUAGCCAUCCAAAUGUCUUAUGCUUGAAGGAUACCUUCAACGAGGACGAUGGUGUCUACCUAAUUCUUGAGCUUGCUGCUGAAGGAGAGCUCUUCAACUGGAUCGUCACCAAGCAGAAGCUCACCGAGGACGAAACACGGAGAGUCUUCAUUCAAUUGUUCCAGGGCACUAAGUAUCUUCACGAACGCAACAUCGUCCACCGCGACAUCAAGCCAGAGAACAUCUUGCUUACGGACAAGCAUCUCUCUGUCAAGUUGGCCGAUUUCGGGCUUGCCAAAAUUAUUGGCGAGGAGUCAUUUACCACCACUCUCUGUGGCACCCCCAGCUAUGUCGCUCCCGAGAUCCUACAAAACACCAAACAUCGAAAAUACACUCGUGCUGUCGAUGUAUGGUCGCUAGGUGUGGUGCUUUACAUCUGUCUGUGCGGAUUUCCUCCAUUCUCGGACGAACUCUACUCUCGCGAGAACCCCUACACGAUGGCACAGCAGAUCAAGAUGGGGAGAUUUGAUUAUCCCAGUCCGUAUUGGGACUCUGUUGGAGAUCCUGCCCUGGACCUCAUUGAUCGCAUGCUUACUGUUGACGCCGACAAACGUAUCAGCAUUGACGACUGUCUCGAGCAUCCUUGGAUCCGAAAUCUUGGCAACAACAUCAAUCCUGCAGACAGCACUGAUGGUCUCACCGGCGCUAUGAGUGGUCUAGACUUUUCGAAGCGAAAGGUUCAGCGUCAACGGACACUACUUUCCGACAUCAACGACAUCAGAAUUACCAAGGUUGUCGCCGCCAAGACUCAUGUCAAGACUGGACAUGGAGAUACCAAAAAGGUCAAGAUCUGGGAUAAAAAUCCUCGUGGCAAGAUCGGAAUGGCCCCUUCAGAUGCUGACAACAAAAGUGAUGGUUUGGUUAACGGCCAUGAAGAGCAUCCGGCGGCCAAUCGGCAAGAAGAGGAAUUCAUGCAGAUGGGUGGUCGAGGCGACAUGCAACUUUUCGCCAAUGAUGACAGCAGUAGGUAUCUUCCUGCAGAGGUGCCUCCUUGA